GCAGUCUCUGAUACUCAUGCGCAAACACGUCCACCACGCACCUGGGUACGGCGCAUGCGUUUAGUGUAAGUCGCGUCUCCCUUCAAGUUUCCACUUCCGGCCUCGAAAGGUCGGAGAGAAGCUGCAAACAUGCGGUUGUCGGUCGCUGCCGCCAUCUCCCAUGGCCGUGUAUUCCGCCGCUUGGGCCUUGGUCCCGAGUCUCGUAUCCACCUGUUGCGCAACUUGCUUACAGGACUGGUGCGACACGAACGCAUCGAGGCGCCGUGGGCGCGUCUGGACGAGAUGAGGGGCUACGCCGAGAAGCUUAUUGACUAUGGGAAGCUGGGAGACACCAACGAACGAGCCAUGCGCAUGGCUGACUUCUGGCUCACGGAGAAGGACUUGAUCCCCAAACUGUUUCAAGUGCUGGCCCCGCGGUACCAAAGUCAGAAUGGGGGCUACACGAGAAUGCUGCAAAUCCCGAAUGGGAGUAGACGAGAUCGGUCCAAGAUGGCAGUGAUCGAGUAUAAAGGGAACUGCCUCCCACCCCUACCGCUGCCUCGCAGAGACAGCAACCUUACACUCUUAAACCAGCUGUUGCAGGGGCUGUGGCAAGAUCUCAGCCAGGACCAGGAGACCAGCAUCCAUAGCCCCCCCACAGCUCAAACACCAGAGGUUUAACUGGAGCUGAAGGGUCUAUGGUCCUUUCAGUGCCCGUGAUCAUGGGCCUUUGGAACUCGCUUAAUCCCGAGAAGACCUGAACCUAGAGGUGUAAAAAGGACAGUCUUAAUGGGGCCCAGAACCUUCUGGGAACCAGAUAGCCCUCUCUUUGUACAAUAGAUAAAAUUCUUUGUAUGAAUAUAUGUAAAUUGACUUUAUUUUCUUCCCCUGGGAUUUCUGGAGAAUGAAAACUAUCCAAAUGCUCAGUCUACCUGGAGUAGUAAAUUCACAGCUUAUUUUACUGGCUCUUAGAUCUGAGUUGUGUUUGUUAGCACAGUUUUGUUUUUCUUAAUGCCAGUUUAGAUUGGGCAUAUAUCCUAUGACUCCAAACUGGCCCCCUAAGGCGGUUGAGUUUUGACAUUUAGCGUAGAGACUGGACCCCUGAGAUCUCAUAGAGAAAGACUACUUCCUGACAGGCUAGGAAUGAACAUCUGGAAAUAAACCUUCCCUAGGAAUCUUCAGGGUAUACUACAAACAUUCCUCAGUUUCUAAGCAGGAUCACACAUUAGUUUUAUUUCCUUCUGUCAAGCCCUGAAUAGAUCUUGGAGGAGAGGACCUGAGACUCAGAUGUACCACCACCCCAGUUGAAGAGGGUGGAGGCACUCAGCAGAGGAUGUUGGACUACAGGAUGAGCUCCUUCCUCUUGGGGUGCAGAGGAGGGGUGAGGGAGAGGAUUGAAGUGGGAGGAGAAUUAGGAAGUUAAACCUGCUGGGAAUUUCCUGGAAGUUUUUAUUGUCAAGUCUCAGCCUCUCUGGGACUCAGCAAAGGGAAAUCCGGCUUCAGAAAGCUAGGGCAUGUGAAAAGCAGGGAGUUCCUUUCUGUCUGUUAUUUACUGUGAAGUAAGACUUGGCUCAGUCAGUGUAUUCCUCAGGCUCAGAGGCUUGACUAGAGAAGGUGUGAAGAGCAGGCCAGUCAUCCCUCUCCUGAACACUUGAUGGCAGAGCCUCACAGUUGCCAUAUCCCUAGUACAGUGAGAAGAUCUUAGGCUGGAUCUUCAGAGUAUAUUUAUCCCACUGAACCCAUUGAUUGUCUGAGAUAAUAAGUAAGGAUAGGAGCAGAGGGUUACUGGUCUAGCAAGUAGACAUAAGCUUCAGUGACAGAACUAUUCCAGUGCAGUUUCAUGGCAACUUCCCUAGUCUGGAGACUCAUUUGCUCCCAAGAGGCCUCUCUAUCUGUUUACGUGUACUCCAAUGUAUCCUUUAGACUACUGUUGCAAGGCUCUUUUCAGAUAUUAUGUGACAUAGUAGACACUCAAAACAUUUGUUGAAUAAACCUACAACUCUGAAUGCUUCUCUCAGAAAAUUCACCCCUCUUGUAUUUUCUUGGCAUGAGUAUUCUCACUAGCUAGCUAUCUAGUAGUCAUCCUUGACUCCUAGAGGAAGUGCUUUCUUUAAAAUUAAAACCACAUCUUUAAAAAUUGGUGACAAGUGGAAUCUGGCUAAAUUCCCAUAGCUUUUCUGCUUAGCUCCCAGAAAUAUACCUCCCUUGGGGCCUUUCACCAAUUUCCCUAAGUGCGUAUUAAACAUCUGCUAGUGCCUACCACCAUGUUAGGCAUUGGAGAUAAGACAUCUACUAAAUGCCAUAUGUCGGGUAUACUAGAUACCAGGGCUAGAUACUAGGAAACAGAUGAAACAAAACAGCCUCUGCCAUCAAGGAGCUCACAAUCUAAGGGACCACUGCCACAAUGUCCUCAAGGGACACUAAAUCCCUUCUAACAUUUUGCCCCAAGUAAGAGCACAUGACUCCCUGAACAUCUGCUAAAGAUUUAGGAAUAACAAAAGGGAAAUAAAUAACAGCUUAUCAGGAAUUUUACCAAUCUGGCCUAUAAAUGAUGAUUUUUCACCUGAGUUGGUAGAAUGUGUCCUCAAGUCCAUCUAGGUACAUCCUUAAAUAUCAGACCCAAGAGAGGCCCAAAUUCCCUCUCACCUCGUUCAGGUUCACUGUCUCAGGCUCCAGUUCAUUAAAGCAAGGUUGAUUAAUGCCCUCUCCCUUCUCAAAAGAUAAUGAGCUUAAUCUACCUUCAAAAAAUCAACAGCUACACAGUAUAAGCCCAAUAUCCAUGGAGACAACUUGAAAAAUCCUUAUACUCAUCUUCCACAGUCGAAUUACCUAGUUACGUUGAUUUUAUUUCCAUUGUUUCUCAAGUUUUUAGGCACCUCUGUGCCUACCACUAUGGUCUGAAGUCCCAGACAUCUGUAUACUGGACUAAUUCAACAAUCUCCUAACUCGCCUCCCUCCAUAUGGCUGCCAAGCCAUUGUGAUAGAAUCUGAUCAUCUUAAUUCCCUGCUUGAGGAUUUCAGUGGCUCCUCAUUAACUACAAGGAAGAGUCCAGAUUCCUUACCAUGAUUCUCCUCUGUGACCAGGCAUCUUCAGUACUCCAACUACUUCCCUUGCUUCAGUGCCCCAGAUGCAUAGAAGUCCUUGUUUUGGCAGUGUCUCUGUACAUAUCCCUUACCAAUGUUUGGUCAUGUAGUCCCUACCACCUAGAGAGCUCUUCCUCCUUUUAUCUACCUAACUUGUACACAAACUUUUGGCAUCUUCUUGUUGGCUCUAUUGACCAUCCCUACACAUAAAUUCAUUACUUUGUCAAACUAGGUGCCUCUACAAUACUUCUACAAUACACUGAACUUACUGCAUUGUUAAUUACCCACAGUGGGUUGGUUCCCAAACAUCCACUCCAGAUUGGUCUAUGGCAGUCAAGGUAUUUCCAUUCCCUUGCUAUUGGUGGGUUCAGGGAAAGACGGGCCUAAAUUACAUUGGGUCAGUGAGAAUCCAGGCUCUGUUCUGCUGGGUAAGAGUAAGAGCAUGUAAUUCUGAGUGUUUCUGGGGAGCUGGCUUUAGGCUGAAGGCUGCACUGAGAAUGGCAGAUCAGAACAAUUAAAAGAAACAGCCCUUGACAAUAUUGACAAAAGAGUACCUGUAACUCCCAAACUGUGUAAUCCUGUUUAUAUAGAGAUAAUAAUCUUUAGUGACGAUUCCCAUUUGAGAAUGCCUAGGUUUUCUGUAAAUUGCUAAUAAAAGUAACCUGACACAUUAA